AUGUUUGUUUUAACAUCUGUUAAUCUUGUGUGCUUUUGUGGACAUUCUAAACCAGAAGAGGAUAACAUCUUUGCACGGGCACAGCAGCAUAUAGCUAUGCAGAAAAUAGCUUUGGAAGUGGUUGGGCUAAAUAUUCCAGGAGUCGAAAGAGGCCCAACAAACGAAGAAAGCCCCAGUAAAGUUGUUUGUUUAACUCAGGCCGUCACUACUGAACAAUUAAAUGAUAAUGGAGAAUAUGAAGAGAUAUUGGAAGACAUGCGGGAUGAAUGCUGCAAAUUUGGGACCUUGAUGAAUGUUGUUAUUCCUCGUCCAAAUCCAAACGGAGAGCUGUCUGCAGGUAUUGGAAAGGUUUUCUUGGAAUACGCUGACUGUACUGCUUCUUUAGCUGCAAAAAAUGCUCUAAAUGGCAGGAAAUUUGGGGGUAAUAUUGUGACUGCUGUUUACUAUCCGGAAGAAAAUUAUCAUAGUAUGGAGUAUGAUUUAUAA